AUGGGGAGAGGAAAGAUAGUGAUCCGACGGAUCGACAAUUCGACAAGCCGGCAAGUAACUUUCUGCAAGAGAAGAAACGGAUUGCUGAAGAAGGCUGAGGAGCUAUCAAUUCUUUGUGAUGCUGAAGUUGGUCUCAUAAUCUUCUCCAGCACUGGGAGACUCCAUGAGUUUUCAAGCACUAGCAUGAAAGCUGUAAUCGAACGAUAUAACCAACAGCAAGAGGAGCAUCAAUUGUUUAGUCCUACUUCCGAGGUCAAG